UUGGUUCGAUCGAUCGAUCGAUCUCUUUGUGCUUACAUAUCACGCAACAUAGAAAUGGCUUCCACAAGUUUCUUGUUGGUGACCCCUGUGCUUCUCCUGUCACUCAUAGUUAUUGCCUCUGCAAACGACUAUGGAUAUGCCCCGAAGCCAGACUAUGAGGAGAAACCAAAACCCGAAACACCGGAUUUUGAGAAAUCAAACCCAGCAGAAGAGGAUAACUUACUCCCGACAAUCAUUGGUAUUCAAGGGACUGUUUUAUGUAAAUUAGGCUCCAAGAUCUUCCCACUUAAAGGAGCCAUUACAAAGAUAACAUGUAUAGCUAUUGAUGAGAAUGGGUACGAGACAGCUCCUUUCUCCACACUGACUGAUGGAUGCGAUGAAAACGGCUACUUCUUUGCAACAUUAUCAGGGCUUAAAGAUAAUUGGAAGCUAAAGGAAUGCAAGGCAUUCCAAUAUUAUUCUCCACUGGAAACUUGUAAAGUUCCUAUUGACGCUAAUCACGGUUUAAGUGGUGAUCUCCUAUCUUCUUACCGCAUCCUCAACGACAAGCAUACCAAGUUAUAUUCUCUGGGAUCUUUCUUCUACACCUCAGAAUCCCAGUCAGCCCCUGGUGGUGGUGGUGGUUAUUAGAGAACGAACAUGCAUAUUUGCCUAUAUAUGUUGUUUAAUUUGAUUUCUUUUUUUUCUUCUUUUCAAAUUAAUUUAUUAUUUUGAGCUUUGGGAAAGUUGUGGGAUUGAGUACUAUAUGUUGUUUAUCACGUACGUACUGAUCAUUAAUUUCAUUAUAAUAACUUUUGUUCAA